AUGUCAAUAGCGAAACCACCAUCAACAUUCCUCCAAAAAAUCCUAACUUUGGACACAAAAUUCUCCCACUAUCUCCACUCCAAAUUCCAUACUCUACUCCCACUAUUCUUUCUCCUCAUCCUAGAAAUUUCCGCUGACUUCCGCUUCUCCUUCCCAAUUUCCCUCUCCAUUUUGUUUACCCUUUCCUUCCCUUCCCUCCUCCCUUUCAUUUCCUCUCUCCUCCUUGGUCUCCUCCUCGACCUAGCCGCCGUUGGUCUUAUCAAAAUCCUCUUCCGCCGUCCCCGCCCUCCGUAUAACCACCUCUCCUCCAUGUCCACCCCUGUCUCCGCCGAUCACUUCUCCUUCCCUAGUGGCCAUUCCUCUCGUGUUUCCUUUGUUGCUGCGUUGGUUUUUCUCUACAAGGAGGUGAUUGAGGCAGCGGUUGUGGAGGUGAGGGAUAAAGGUGGAGUCUGUGGAAGGUGGGUGGGGGAGGAGGGGAAGCUGGUGAAGGUUGUGGUGGUGGGAGUUUGUGUUUGGGCGGUUGUUACGGCGGUUUCUAGGGUUUUGUUAGGGAGGCAUUAUUUUUUUGAUGUUUUUGCAGGGCUUUGUUUAGGGGUAAUUGAAGGGGUUUUCGCGUUUCGGGUUUUGAGGUUUGAGGAUAUUUUCUGGCAUAUGUUGUUGUCCUUACGUUGUCAAGACCCAUUGAAUUCUAAGGUCAUGAAAGACAUUGACUUGCUUGCUGAGUUUUUUUCUCUGGUUCUUCUGCUUUGUCCCACGUAUCUUCAUGUCCAAUAUGGUCAUGCACUAGUGCAAGAGUUUAUUUUAUAUUGGAUUUGUGAUGCUGGACGAGGAUAUGAAUAUUUGUUGGCUGGCUUGCUACUGAAAUGUGGUAAACUGGCUGGAUUUUUGCUUGGAAAAUGA